UAGACAUAGCACUCCAGUUGUUACAACGUCGUAAGUUUGAAUAGAUCACCAUGAGUUUAGUUGGUAAAGUCGUUAUUGUAACCGGAGCAAGUUCCGGCAUUGGCGCCACCACAGCUGUUGAAUUUGCCAAGCAGGGUUCCAAAGUGGUGCUCACAGGACGAAAUGAAGCAAAUCUAAAGUCUACUGAGGCGGCCUGUAAAGCUGUCAACAGCAAAGUGGAACUACUACUCAUCGUCGCCGAUGUAACGACGGACGCCGAGAAGAUUAUCAAAACAACAAUUGACAAGUUCGGACAGUUGGAUGUGUUGGUGAAUAAUGCCGGUUAUGGUGAAGGCGGUUCAAUUUUGGAUAUUAAUGUCGAUCAAUUUGAUCGUGUUAUGAAUACAAAUUUACGUUCAGUCUUUCUGCUCACUAAGUACGCCGCACCACAUCUGAUUAAGACCCAAGGAAAUAUCGUGAAUGUUUCCAGCGUCGCAGGAUUGCGUGCAAACGCUGGCUUUUCUGUCUAUUGCACGUCCAAGGCAGCAUUGGAUCAAUUCACCAGAUGUGUUGCGUUGGAUUUGGCGCCGAAAAAUGUGCGAGUAAAUGCCGUAAAUCCUGGUUUGAUUGUGACAAACUUCUAUCAGGGUUUAGGCAUAUCGGAAGAAGUUUAUGCUAAAUAUGUGGAGCAAUCAAAGACUACGAAUCCAUUGGGUCGCGUUGGCGAAACGAAGGAAGUGGCCGACGCUAUUGUUUUCCUUGCCAGUGACAAUUCGAGCUUUAUAACGGGCGCAACUCUGCCGAUAGAUGGUGGCAGACAAACCGCGUGCCCACGUUAGUAUUUCUGACAGAUGUGAUUUAGUAUGUUUAAACUUAUUCCUAUAUAUACAUAUAUUAUAGAUAAAUGUAACUAAAAAUAUAUUUUAAAAUA